AUGGUUUCUACAACAGAAUCAACAAUACAAAAGUUGGAAGAUUGUUCGAUGAACGGAAUUCCAAUUUAUACAUCAGAAAAAUAUGGAAAUGACGAACAAGGUGAUGGAUCUGAAACAAAACCAUUUCGAACUCCAUUACAGGGUUAUCGACAAUAUGGUGAUACAAUUACAAUCUACAUUGACUCGAAAGAUGAAAGAAAAGAUAAAUGGGAAUUGUUAUCGAAAACACAAGGAAAAAAAGUGAAAAUUCAAUAUGAAGAAGAAAAACGAAAACAAGAACGGUCACGUCAACAAGAGGUUCGAGUAAUAUGAAAUUCUUUAUUUUUCAUCAAAAUAUAUAUGCAGUAUGAUUCAGUGGAAUAAAAGUCUUAGAUCUGAAGCAUUUUUUAUUUGCUUGAGAUAACUAUUUAUGAAUAAAGCAGUUUCACAUUAUUAGUUAUUGCAAUAGUUCAAUAUAAGUUUUUAACUGAUCAGAUCUUGUUCGAAGUUUCUCCUUUGAUCGAGACAACAGAAAAAUAUAAUUAAAGAUAUUCAUCAGUCAGUUAAAAAGUGAUUCAGAACCAAACCACAUAUAUGUGGUUCCCAUCUUCGAGGGAUUAAAAGUUAAGCAAACAUGUUUACUUUAACUGAAAGACGAAGUUCAAUGUUAGUUUCCACGUAAACUUAUUAGGAAUACAACUAGAUGACAAAUUGUAGAAACGAAAGACCCUAAAUGUAGCUCAAACCCGAUGAUACAAUUGUUUUUAAACACAACUUGAAACAGAAUUAUGUCUGAAUGCCACUAACAGCAACUUUAAAUAGCAUCUAAAUGCAGUCAGAAUGCAAAGCGCGCAUCCAGGGGCGAUUGCCACUGUACGUUUUGAUGUGCUCAUGCACAAUAAAUAUUUUAUCCGGGUUGCUCAUGAACGCACUUAUCACAUGUAUGAUAUUUAUGUGUUAAAGUCUAAUAUUUUUUUGUUUUUUAAUAUAAAAGUUUUCGACCUAAAGAGUCAAAUGUGUCAGACGAAACAAAAUGCAUAUAAUCGUAUACAAGAAAGGCUCAAUUCUUUAAAUGCAUUUACUUCAAUUCCCAUUGAUUCUUGUAGAAAGAUUUCUAUAAAAUUUAUUUGUAUCUCAGUAUCAUUAAACAUUUCAUUCUCAGUAAAAAGAAAAAUCAAUCACUUAGUUUGAACUUAAAAUUUAAAUUUAAAUAUUUUUGUACUUUAAAUAGAAAAAAAUUAAUACAAGUGAUUUGAGUAUCUCUUUCGUAUUCACUUUUUACGGGCACAUUAUUUACUGAAAAUAUUGAACUGCUGACAAAACUGUAUAUGCUUUAUUCUACCUCAUUUCCAAAAAGGUUUAAUAAUGCCCAAACGAGCUACUGUGACCUUAACGCCGUUAUUGUUGAAUUCAUCAUCUUGUUCCUAUAUAAAAAAAUAAUUUCUAUGAAUAUUAUUUUCAUUUUCAACUAUUUGGUUUUAUCUAAACUUCGGCAAAGUAAUUUUUAAAAGGUAAUGUUAGUUUGCCUUUAUUCUUCUUCAUAAUAAAGAAUGAGUCCAUAUGAAACUUUUACGUUUUAUGAGAUUAAGAUAAAUAAAAAAAAAAGAAAAUCUUCAUUAUCUUAAAAAAUAAAGGUGAGUAAUUUCUCCAGUUGUAAGAAAACAUCAAUGAAUACUUAAUUUACAAAUAAAAUAAGCGAAGUCAAAGAAUAAUUUGUUCUAUGAAGACCUAAUCUUGUUUUUUCUCAAAACUUCUACAAAAAUUGUAAUGCCAUAAUUACAAAUAUGUAGAUAUAGAUAAGACUUUUCCAUAUAUUUUCAUACAGCGUUCUCAACUUUAAAUAAUAAUAUAUAUUCUGUUAUUAACGAAAAAAAAUUAUUUAGUUUGUUAUAAAACAAAUUUUUUUAUUUAUCAAAAAGAGGUGUUAAUUUACUCUUUAAUUUUUCUUCGCCUUUGAGAUAAUGAAAUUUUUUAUUGCUUUUUAUUCGUUGUUUUAUAAAUAUAAGAAAUGCAUUUAUUUUUAUCGUAAGAAAAAAUCUGAUUUAUAUUCAUAUACAAAAUGAUAAUAAUCAACAUUAUUUUUCUUAGAACUAUAAGUACUUCAAAAAUUGUUAGUCUUUCAAUUUAUGAACAUGUAACCUAUUUCGAGCUGUAUAUAGCUCAGAGUUACUUGUGCUCGGCUUGUAAUCAAUGGUCGCGUGCUAAAAUCUUGGUUCGAACUGUCGUUGGAAAAAUUCCACUCUGUUGCUCACAGUAUUAGAGUGUUAUAUCAUAGUUCGCUAUGAUGCAUCGGUUCAAAUUCGAUACAGAGUGACGGUUACUUUUUCAAAAUUUUUUGAGAAUAAAGUAAACGUAUCCAGACGCCCUCAGUUCUCUGAACGCGUUCUCACGCUUGAAAAUGUUGCAUUUUGGACGCGUACAAACGCGUUAAGCUCUAUUGCGUUAAACGCUCAGAAACGCGUUGCAAAAUCUAAAAUGGUUACAUGCGUAAAUUAACAUUGAAAUUUCGGUUAAUUAAAAUUUGUCA